CGGUGACAGUCGACCCUGAAACCCCUCAGGGCUCCGCGGAUUGUCCGCAUCACAUCAUUGCUGCUUCCUUUUUUACUUUAUUGAUUUGUGAGAUGGCGCGGAAAGUGCGUGAGAUUUUGGCUGGAGUAUAAAUGACUGCGGAGCAACAGGGACCUGGGUUGGGGAAACUCACUGAGGGUUGCUCGGCUUUGGAGAAACUGUUGCACAAAAUCCCGCUGAGAUGUCCCUGCUGUGCGUCAGAGUGAAGAAAGCCAAACUUCAUGGGCCACCAGACAAAUUCAACGCCUACGUCACGUUAAAGGUCCAGAAUGUGAAGAGUACAACCAUUACAGUCCGUGGAGAUCAGCCAUGCUGGGAGCAGGACUUCAUGUUCGAGAUCAGCAAUCUGGACUCGGGUCUGGUAGUGGAGCUGUGGAACAAAGGUUUGAUCUGGGACACUAUGAUCGGCACAGCACUGAUACCGCUGGACACCAUCCAUCAGUCUGAUGAGGAGGGACCAGGAAGUUGGACGGCUUUGGACUCGGAGGUGUUGAUGAAGGAGGAUCAGAUCUGCGGCACCACCAACCCAACGCCGCACCAAGUGCUGCUGGACACUCGCUUUGAGCUUCCCUUUGAUAUCCCAGAAGACGAGGCUGAGUACUGGACCAGUAAGCUGGAGCGGAUCAACACCAUGCAAAUCCACGACGAGUACCCUUUACAAGGAGAGGUCCAGAGAAGAAGAAUGCCGUCGAUGCCAUCACAGUGCUGCAGUUGGAGUUAUUUUGGAUGGAGUGAUCAGCAAACAUAUGACGACCAUGACAGCGCCGUGGACGACCGAGACAGCGACUACCCCAGUGAAACUGGGAACCGGCCGCCGCGGUUCCACAACACUUCUCAGACAAAUUCAUCUGUCCAUCAGUACCCCAUAGGCCGUAGAGUCCAGCAUCAGAGCCUGUGUAGGGAAUCUGACUCUGUUCAAAGUUACGAUCUAGACAAUAGAGAAACGAGGGCAAACAGACGAUCAAACAGCAAAAGAGGCGUUAGAAUAAUUCCUGUAGACUCAGGUAUGGGUGUAGAGGAUUGGGAGAGUAAAUAUAAGGUGCCCAACUCCAGUGUACUGGAUGAUUAUUUAGACACUGAGCAGAAACUUUGGGAGGAUGAAGAUAAAAGUAUCAUCUACCGAAUCAGUGACAGCUGUGAGUCCAAAGGCAGCAGAUUUUAUCAGACGGUAGAGUGUGAUGGUCUCUCCCCUGAGGACACGCUGGAGCCAAGUGACAGGGCACCCAGACAGAGGCAUGGCUUUGGCAACGGGGAAGUGCGAUUAGUUUACAAGGCAGCCGGCAGCUUUGAGGAUGAAUCAUCUCCUCCUGAAAUUGACAUAAUCCCCUCAGUCAAACAGCUGAGACAGCCGACAGACAGAGAAAGCCUCCUUUACAAGACCAGAUUGUGGGCCAAAACCGCUUUAGAAGACACUCUGGAGAACUAUGCUGCUUUUCGUGAGCUGGAGGCUGCUAGGGAAGAAGCUGCUAGGGUCAGAAGACGUGUUGACUAUAACUCUCUUUGCUCUGAUGAGAUGCAGUACUCAUUUGGAUCUGAGGAAGAACUGGAAGAUAUAACAUUCACUGAGGGAGAUGCUAAUUUUGAAUAUGAAAGCUACAGCUACUCUGGCCAGUAUAUGGAACAUUUUGAAGGACAAGAUUUUUCAAGAAAAAGCAGAACAACUGAUCAACGAGAUCAGUUAUCUCCUAUGGAGGACCCAGAUGAUGAAUACAUAGAUCCAAUGGGUGAACUGCGGAGCUUAGUGCACUCAGUGUCUGAAUACUUGGCAGUAAAAGAGGAGGAGCUUAACAGCUAUGAAUCAAUGCCCAAGCCACCAAGAAGAAAACUACCUGCUCUGCCAACUGAUGCAAAAACUUUACCACCUGAAGACAAUGACAGUAAUAUGGCCAAACCUGUUCUUAAAGAGGAAAGUCCUGUUGAACAAAGCAUAACUGGGGUGAAAAAUGCAAUGAACUCAUUGUUCAGUACAAUCACAGGAGCAAAGUCUCCAACUGAGGCAGAGGCCUCUAGUACUUCUCCAUCUCCCCAGCCACCACUAACUGAUUCUGGUAUUUCAAAAUUGUUCGCGUUUAUCCCUAAAUCUAAUACCGAAACUCCUGAAACUGCAUGUGCAUCUGCAACAGAACCACCUACCUCCCAAACACCACCCCAAACCGAAUCAGGAAUUUCCAAGCUGCUUGCAUUUAUUCCUAAAAGUGGUGGUACCUCUCCACCAGUAGCCAUAGUUCCGCCUGCCUCUCAGGAGUCCACAACAGAGAAAAAGUUCUCACUGCAGUCACUUUUGCCUUUUCAGUCCUCUGAACCCAGUAGACAAGUGGAGGUCAACCAGAUGCCUACCCAAGCUUCCACAGAUGCACAAAGUAGUUCAACAGCUGGUAAUCAGUCUGCGUCUGGGUUUGAAUCCAUGUUAGGAAGGCUAAGUCCUUUGAGGCUUUUUUCCAGUUCACCAUCUCCCAGAGAGACAUCACCACAACCACCGGAGCAAAGAAGUCCAUCUGCUGCAAACAAAGAAUCCCAACAAGGGCAAGUAAGUAGAGCCACCAGUCCUAGUAGAGAAGGCUCACAAACAGAGCAGCAGUCAACAGGAGAGAUAAGACCAGGUUCUGCAAGUGGAUCAGUUGAUCUUUUGCCUGAUACAGGAAGUGGAUCAAUUGAACUUUUCCAAGAAACGGCAACCGGGUCAGUAGAACUUCUUCCAGAGACUGAGUCCUCUGGUGAGCUACCUGACAUUCAGCAAAGAGGAACAUCUUCAAUGUCUGAAGCAAAACCUGAGGGAAGUUCAGAAGAAACUGGAUUCUUCAGUCCUUUUAAGAAAUCUCUCUCCACCCUCAUGUCUGCGGUUCCUCCAGAAAACCCCUCGCAUAGUGAUACCAAGCCUGCCGAGGAGUCAUUUCUAGGGAGCAAACUGAGAAUUCCAUUUUUGUCAGAAAAUGUUUCCACAACAACCACACCUAAAGCAGAAGGGGGUAUGUUGUCAGGAAUUCUUAAAUUUGGAAUAGGGGAAGAUUCUAAUGUCACUUCAAAUACUUCAACCCCUGCUCCUUCAAGGUCUCCCUCUCCAAGUCGUGCUUCAGUGCUGGAAAGUGCUCCAAAACAAAACACAGGAACUGGCUGGUUUUCUAACCUUUUUAAGGUCACUCCACCUGAACCUGCCAAAGAACCAAAUAAAACCCAAAUGACUCCUACUGUAACAGUUACCAAACCUAGUGAUCAAACUGAACCUCAUUCUGAACAACUAAUUCCAGACACACCAAAAGGUACUGCUUCCAGUGCAGAGCAGACCUCUGAGGGGCAAACUUUGCAGGAAAUAGAUGUUAUUUCCCAAGACCAAGAACCUCCCAAGGUCAAAGCAGACACGUCACAACCAGAGACCUCACAGCCUCAAGGAUUUCUUUCUGGGUUUUUAAAAAUAGGACCAACAGAAUCUGUGUCAUCUGAUAAGAAAACCCAUGAAGGAGAUGGACGGUCUCAACCGAGUGGUUUGUUUUCUGGUAUAUUUUCAUCACCUUCCCAGCCUUCCUCUCAACCACAACAGAGUUCUGGCACACAACAAUCAGGAGUGUUUUCUGGAUUCCUAAAGUUAGCCUCUGAUACUGUUUCGGCUUCUACAAAUCAGUCAACAACCCCAGGAGGUCAAUCUGGCCAGCCUCCAUCUCAAGGUCAAGGACUCUUUUCUGGACUGUUGAAAAAAGCUACAGAUACAGUAACUGGAACCCAGCCUGCCCAGUCAAGUCAAGAUUCUCAGCCAAGUGACGCUAAUCAAACAGUGGUUAAGGAUGCGCCAGAAAAACACUCGACUCAGGGAUCAGAUUCACAAGCUGAGUCGACUGGACUUUUGUCAAGAUUUAAAUUAGGAUCCACAGAUAGUCUUUCUCCUGAUAAAAAUCAAACAGAUCAACAAACAGCCUCAGAUGACCAAUCAAAGCAACCACAACAAAGUAGCACGAUUGCAGAACACGCUGCUUCAAAACCAACAGCAGCACCUCAAUCAGGUGGAUUACUUGGGGGCUUACUAAAACUCUCAGAAUCUACAUCCCAGCAACCAUCUUCUGGUCAAGGGGGUUUGCUGUCUGGGCUAUUUGGAAUUGGUUCACAAGAAUCUCCUGUAAACCCACCUCAACCUUCACAAAACCAACCACAGACUGUAAAACCUGAGAACCAACCAAAUCAGCAACCAGGCAGUCGACAAAAUCUUCAACAAAACCAAGUUCCUCCACAGCAGCAGACAAGUGGUUCUGGAGGGAUGCUUAGUGGAUUAUUUAAUAAAAUUGCAGAUGUGGGUGUGCCGCAGCCAACAGUGGGAAGUCAACCAACUCAACAACAAGCACAAAGACCAGGCCCCAAGACAAGUCAGCAACCACCUAAUCAGCAGGGGGGAUUUCUUUCUGGCCUGUUUUCCUCUGGGUCUAAUACUCCAGCUCAGCAGCAAUCUCCUGUUAAUCAACAACAUCAGCAGCAACCCCAACCAGCCAACAGACAACCUCUGCGUAGACAAAACCAGAUACCUCCACAGCCCCCUGCUUCUGCUCCAGAGCCACAACAGGGUGGGUUAUUGUCAGGACUAUUUAACAAAUUAGCUUCCAGUGACAAUGCAUCACAACAGCCCAGUCAACAAGCUGGUAGUCAGCAGGGCAAUAAGCCUGGGCAGCCUUCCAAUGAACCGUCGUCUCAAACCAGUCAGCAGGGUGGAUUUUUGUCUGGUCUUUUUGGACCAUCACCACCUCCACAAGUACAACAACAACCUAGUAAAAUAGCAGGUCCUCAACAAACAACACAGCAAGCUAAUCAAGGUGGAGGCCUGCUUUCAGGUUUUCUCAAGCUUGCAUCUGGAGACAAUGUACAAGAACAACCAUCAGCAAAACUUCCUCAGGCUAGAGAAGCAGCAGUUAAGGCAGGACAAAAUCCACCCCAGCCUGAAUCUGGAGGGUUAUUCUCUGGUUUAUUAACCAAAAUUUCAGCCACUGUAGAACAGUCAUCAUCUUCUGACCAGGUAGCACCUCAGUCAACUCAACAACAACAGCAGCAGCAGCAACAACAACCACGUUCAAGUCAGAGCAGACCGCAGAUUCAGAGAACGAAACCUGUGGAAGUUCAAUCCUUCCAGGAAGCAUCCUCUGAUAAGGAGACAAAAGCUCCAGCUCCUAAAGGAUUUCUCUCCAGUCUGUUUAAUGUCACGGAAGAGCCAUCAUCAAAGACGCAGGAGUCCUCUAAACCUGGAACAGAAGACCCCAAAAACAGCUCUCCUGGGACAUCAACUGGCUUAUCUAGCAUUUUCAAAACAAAUUCUAGUGACAUCAGCACUUCUGCUCCUGGAAAGGAAAAGGAAAAACCUGUCCUUGAAACAUUACUACAGAAUAAGGAGAAAAUUUCCUCAAGUAUAGAAACACUCCCAGCUGCUGCUAAUUCAGCUACUCGUGGUGUUGAUACCCAGGAACAGCUUCCACAGUCACAGGUUAGGCAAGAUGAUACAAUUUCCCCAGCACAGCGUUAUCUUGAAGAAAUCCAGCGUCUCCUGUAUGGGACAUCAGAUGAAUAUGGUUACAAGGAUUUGUUACACAACUUUACAGAACAUGGAGUGAUUCCUCCAGAGUUAUAUGAACAUCAGUGUCUCAUAGAAGCUCUGCUGUGGCAACAACUCAAUGAUUAUGUCCAAGCUGAAGCGCUGGCCACCAAUGUUCAAAUUCACAACCAGUCAUGCCACGGCUAUAUUCCUGCUACAGCUAAAGCUCCUCAACUAAACAACUGCAUUACUUUAAAUCCUAAAGAAAUGAACAUCAGUGACUUCAACAUACCUGCUCAUCCUUGGAGAGAUACUUCCGCCCAGCUUUUUGAAAGCCGAAACCGCUUUUUUGAAACAGACGAAGAUCUAGUGUUGUUUGACAUGAGCUGCCGGAAAAAGAAAUCUUGGAGCAGCUGUGACCACUUGAAUGAUCUUGAUUACAAUAGUAAACCAUGGAUUGCAAGAGUAAAGAGUCCAAUCUCGGUGAAACUGUCCAAAGUACAUCAAGAACUGAGUCAAAACAACCAGCACGAACCUCACCGCUUUUGA